AUGGAGGAGCAGCACGAGACCCUCAAACGCAAGCUGCUGGCCAUCCUGGACGUCAUCAACGACGCCGAGGAGCAGGCAGCAGCCCACAGACAAGGGGCCAAAGCUUGGCUCGAGGCGCUUCGGAAGGUGGCCUACCAGGCGAGUGAUGUCUUCGAUGAGUUCAAGUACGAGGCACUCCGCCGUGAAGCCAAGAAGAAGGGGCACUACAAGAAGCUUGGGUUCGAUGUGAUAAAGCUCUUUCCUACUCACAACCGUGUUGUGUUCCGUUACAGGAUGGGCAACAAGCUCCGCAUGAUUCUGAAUGCGAUUGAAGUCCUCAUCACAGAGAUGCAUGCCUUUAGAUUCAAAUUCCGACCACAGCCGCCAAUGCCUAAGAGCUGGAGGCACACGGAAUCUGACAUCAUCGAUCUUAAGGAAUUUGCUAGCCAAUCAAGAUACAAAGAGAAGAAUGAGGUCGUUAACAAAUUGAUUGGUCAAGCGAGCAAUUUGGAGCUAACCGUCCUUCCCAUAGUUGGAAUGGGGGGACUGGGCAAGACCACCUUAGCUCAGCUCGUGUACAAUGAUCCCGGAAUUCAAAAGCAUUUUCAGCUGCAACUCUGGGUAUGUGUCUCUGACAACUUUGAAGUUGAUACCUUGGCUAAAACUAUAGUUGAAGAAAAUGCAAAAGGGAAGAACAACAUCGAUACUAGGGGACAAUCACCAUUGGAUAGCCUUAAGGAAGUAGUGAGCGGGAAGAGGUACCUUCUCGUCUUGGAUGAUGUAUGGAACCGUGAUGCUAACAAGUGGGGAAAGCUGAAGUCCUGCCUUCAAUAUGGUGGCAAUGGUAGUGCAGUGCUUACAACAACUCGUGAUAAUGUUGUUGCUGAAUUGAUGUGUACAACUGAAGCAUAUAGCCUCAAAAGCUUGGAGCAAAGAUUCAUAAUGGAAAUUAUAAUGGCAAGAUCAUUUAGUUCAAAAAGGGAACCAGAUGCUAAGCUUGUUAAGAUGGUUGGUGAUAUUGCCAUGAGAUGUGCUGGAUCUCCUUUAGCAGCUACAGCAGUGAUCUCUCUGCUUCGUACCAAGACCAAUGUGGAAGAAUGGAGUGCUAUAUUAAGCAAAAGCACCAUUUGCGAUGACGAGACUGGAAUUUUACCAAUACUCAAGCUCAGCUAUAAUGGGUUGCCAUCACACAUGAGGCAAUGCUUUGCUUUAUGUGCUAUUUUCCCCAAGGAUUAUGAGAUAGAUGUGGAAAAGCUAAUUCAAUUAUGGAUGGCUAAUGGUUUUAUCCCAGAACAACAUGGAGUGUGUCCUGAGAUUACUGGUAAACAAAUCUUCAUGGACCUGGUGUCAAGGUCAUUUUUUCAAGAUGUCAAGGAAGUCCCAUUUGAAGUCCAUAAGACAUGGCUUCCUAGAAUUACUUGCAAGAUUCAUGAUCUGCAUGAUGUUGCACAGUCUUCUAUGGGAACAGAAUGUGCUACCAUAGUUAUAGAGCUGAGUCAAAGUGAGAAAUUUCCAUAUUCCGCUCGACAUUUAUUUAUAUCUGUUGAUAGACCAGAAAAGAUUCUGAAUUGUUCUCUAGAGAAAGGAUCUAUGGCUGUGCAAACACUGAUAUGCAAUGGAUAUGCAGAUGAAGAUUUGAAGCAUUUAUCAAAAUACAGAUCCAUCCGUGCACUAAGUAUCUGCCAAGGUUCAUUCUUGAAACCAAAGUAUCUACAUCACCUGAGGUACCUUGAUCUCUCGUCUAGUGAUAUUGAAGCACUUCCUGAAGAAAUAAGCAUCUUAUAUAAUCUUGAGACACUGGACCUUUCAUGGUGCUGCUGUUUGAAUCGACUUCCAAAGGAAAUGAAGUAUAUGACUGGCCUCCGUCACUUGUAUAUUGAUGAAUGUAAUCAGUUAAGGAGCAUGCCCUCAGAGUUGGGACACCUCACUUCCCUACAGACGCUUACAUGGUUUGUAGCAGGUACUGGCUCUGGUUGCAGUAAGGUGAGAGAGCUUUGUCAGUUAGACCAGCUUGGUGGUUCACUAGAGCUAAGGCAACUAGAGAAUGUGACAGAAGCAGAUGCGAAAGCAGCACAUCUUGGGAACAAGAAAGAGCUAACCAUGUUGGCAUUAAGAUGGACGUCUACUCUAGAAAAGGUGCUGGAGGCCCUCAAGCCUCAUGAAGGGCUGAUGGUUGUACGUAUAAAUGGCUAUAGGGGUGGCACUUAUCCAACAUGGAUGAAUACAUUGCAACAAAUGGUGAAGCUUAAGCUACGGAACUGCGAGAAUGUCAAGGAGCUUCCUCCACUGUGGCAGUUACCAGCUCUACAGGUUCUCAGCUUGCGGGGAUUGCAAAGUCUUAGUUGCCUGUACAGCGGCGAUGCACCUGUCACAGCAUUUAAGAAACUGAAGGAGCUUUCAUUGAGCGAGAUGCCAAACUUUGAUACAUGGUGGCUCAAUGAAGUACAAGGGGAGGAGUCAAUAUUUCCUCAGAGAUGGGAGGCAGUCCAAGGAACUCUAGGAGAAGAGGUGACAUUUCCUCGGCUUAAGAAGCUAACAAUUCAGUCCUGCAGAGAAUUGUCUACUCUCCCUGAAGCACCAAAUCUGAGUGAAUUAGUGAUCAGGCAAGGCAGUCAACAAAUGCUCGUACAGAGGAUGCAAUGCUCUCGUCCACUGGCCAGAGGAAGUGUUCCAGAGCCUGAAAUCCUUGAGGAAGUUAGAAAUUUGGGAAUGCAACAAUCUAGCAGGACGCAGAUUCGCUUCUCCCGAACGGAGCAGUGUACUACUCCCACGCCUGGAGUCUCUGGAUAUACAAAAUUGUGCAAGUUUGGUAGUCCUAAGGUCAAGUUCAUCGCAUUCAGUAAGGAGCUAGAUACUAGUACGAAGUUGGCGAGUGCACAAGGUGUUGCAGCAGAGGACGACAAAUCAGCAUUAGUUCUAGGGUCAGGGUCCUGCAGCGACGCCACGGCAUCCACACCAGUUCCUAAGCUGUCAUCAUCAACCAAAGAUCACUUCCUUCCUUGUCUAGAAUCUCUAAUAAUAGAGUACUGCAAUGGCUUGUCAGAGGUUCUUGAUCUUCCUCCUUCCAUCAAUACUUUUGUAAUCAGUGGGUGCAGCGAUCUUCGAGCCCUUUCAGGGAAGCUGGAUGCCGUCCAAAAAUUAAGUAUUGCGGACUGCAGUAGAUUGAAAUCACUGGAAUCUUUCUUAGGAGAGCUUGCAUUGCUGGAAGAGCUCCAUCUUAAUAGUUGCCAAAGCCUGGUGUCGUUACCGAAUGGCCCUCAAGCAUGCUCAUCUCUCAGGCAUCUUACUAUCAAGUCUUGUCCGGGUAUAAAGUUGCUUCCCGAGAGCCUAUAUCAACGACUGGGCGAUCUCAAGGACAAGGACAAACGACUAGAUGCCCGUUAUGAAGGUAACCUUCAAUUUCUCUUGUGUUUUUUUUAA